CAAUUUUACAAAGGAGGUGUUUUACAAUAUGGAUUAUUUCUUUUUCUUUUACUUUUGCCACACAAAAAAAAAAUAGAGUGGAUCUAUACAUAGAUCAUGGAUAAAAUUGGAAAGUUUGUAGAAUUAGUUUCUUUUAAAUUUAAACCUGGCUCAGAAACCGACUUCGAGGAUGGCAUAGGUGGAUCAUGGUAUGUAUCACCUACAUCGCACGGUGUAGAAUUCUUGACUGUGGCUCCGUUCUAUCUAAUAAUGGCAGCAUAUUUUGGUUACAAGGCCAUCCUAAAAAAUAGGAUCAACUACAAUUUACUGGUAGAAAAUAAAGCGAGACCUUUACGAUCAUGGUUUGAGAACAUAUGUCUAGUCACAAUGGUCGCGUCAUAUGUUGUAACUGUAAUUCAUAAGGCACACACUGGAACUGAGUUCUUUUUGUUGCAGCCUUGCCAUGUAAGCGCUGUGAUCUUGAUUGUGAUCAUGGCAUGGCCUAAUGGCAUGUCUCAAUUUACACCCCAAUUGUUGUUCAACAUUUAUUUACACACUUUAUGGGGUUCAAUAUUAGCUUUGGUGUUCCCCGACUUGAGAGAUCACGAUAUGCUGGGUGAAGUUUUUAACUUCUUUUUAGAACAUGGUCUUAUUUUAUUACUUCCAUUCUACAUGUUAACUACAAAGCGCUACGUAGUGUUACCUCUUAAUGUGGAUAUGGCACUGUUCAGCUUUUUCUUAUAUGCAUCUUACCAUUCACCUCUCCUUCAUGCUGUGUCACUAUGGUCCGGAUAUAAUAUCAACUACACCCUUGUUCCCCCUACACUUGGCUUCUUAAUAGAAGCAGGAAAUUGGUAUAGGUUGAUCAUGUACAGUGCUGCUUUCCUUUUAAUGUUUGUGACACGUUAUGUUUUGGUUGAACCUUUUAUUAAGGUCUUUGUUGGAAUUACUCCUCAACAAAAGCUCGAAGAUAAAAAGAAAAGCUUAUAAACGAAAAAAAAAUUGGUUAUCGUAUUUAGACAUGCAUACGAAUUUUCCACAUUAAAAUAAGCAGUAGAGGAUAUCUUUCAUGAUUUUAAGAAUAAAAAUAAACUGCCCCUCACACAUAGAAGCUCCUGCUCUAAAAAAAAAUAAAAAGGGGUUAAAUGAUUAAAUUCUAGCC